GCAAUCCAUGGCCAAUGCCUUCCUCACCUAUGACGUAGAGACCUACCUCAAUGAUUCCCCGCCCAGUCUGCCGUUACUACGGCACCGACCACCAAAGUCUGACGGUACCUACUGUGUCGCCUACUACGUCCUCGCCCCACUCCCACUCCUCGCCACCGCCCUCUCUGCCAUUCCUAAGACAGACUGGUUCCCCGGGGCCACCAGGUACUUCGUCUGCUGUACUGGGAGCAGCAGCAGCCUGGCCAUCAACACCCUGGAGGAGGAACCCUCUAUCCUGGCCUCUUACAACACCCUCUACGUCACGCACAACUCCUACCACGACCCCCAGGACAACAGGUCGUGGUCACUCCACCUCCUCUCCAACUGCCCGUUCUGUCGGUCUGGGGAGCCAGAGGUCAUCCUGCGGAACAAGUGGAGUCCCUGGCGCGGCCUCCAACACCACACUGACCUCUUCCCUGACCUCUUCAGCGACUGUAACGGCCACGUCUUCAGGGCCGUCACACUGAACUUUCCUCCCUUCAGCCACUACUCGUCAGGCAACUCAACACACCCACUAGCAAUGGAGGACUGCCUGGACAAGCGUAUCGUUGACUCUGUCGCUCAGGUUCACAACUUCACCUAUGAGGUUUACGAGCCAGCUGAUGGACUGUGGGGCUACCAGGUGGACAACGGCAGCUUCACGGGGGUGUUGGGCGAGGUAGAACGUAAUAUAAAAGAUUUCUCCCUCGACCUCUCUGUGACAGCCGAACGGGAGGUUGUGAUCGACUUUACCGUUGGUUACCAUUGGGAACCUCUUACCUUCGUCACCAGUAAACCUCAGCCGCUUCCGCAAUGGUUGGCUCUGGUGCGUCCCUACCAGGCGUAUGCGUGGCUCUCCUUCCUGCUGUUGUUGGCAGCUGCUGGACCUACCUACUGGCUCCUGCAGAAGCUCUCCGGCAGCUCUCAUUCUUUUUUAGGAUCCAUCCUCCAUAUGUAUGGCGCCAUGCUCACACAGGGUCGACGAUGGCCGUCCAGUUCGGCAGUGCGGGUGUUCUCUGCCUCGUGGCUUUUCUUCUGCCUGGUGGUGACGGUGUCUUACGUGGGCAACCUGACAGCCUUCCUCACGGUGCCGGCCCUUUCCCCGACCGUCGACAGCUUGGAAGAGCUCGUAGACUCCAACUUUGUGUGGGGCAUUAAUGACUUUGGCGCUGCUGACUACCAGCUCUUUAAGACCAGCAAGGUGCCACUCUACCAGGAGAUCUUCCGGGGGCUGACCUUCUGCCCGUCGCUGGUGGAGUGUGUCCAACAGGCCCUGGACGAACGAUUUGCUUUCAUCUCCUUCCAGACUUACCUGCGGGACGCCAUCGCCAUGCACUUCAUUGACAAGAGCGGAGACACACAAGUGUACCUGGCCAAAGAGAGCUUCUUCCCAGCUGACACCGCCUACGCUAUGCAAAAGGGGUCGCCCAUGAAGCGGGUUUUCGAUGGCAUCUUGAAGCGGCUGCUGGGUGGAGGAUUCGUCUCCAAGUGGAUGUCUACGCUGAUCGAGGAGCACACGCUGGCCACCCGCAGGAAGGCCGCGGCAGCUUCAGCGUUGUCAGGGGAGACGGAGGCAGUGUUGGAGGGGAAUCAACUGAGCCUCACCUUGCAUCACCUGCAGGGAGUCUUCUACAUCUACGCCGUGGGUCUACUUCUCUCUGCUCUCACCUUCACCUGUGAGCUGAUCCUCUUUGGCCUGCACAACGGCGGCAACAAGGGCUGAGGCCAUGAACCAAUCCUGAAAGAUGAGAUCACUUCUUUCCAGUUUACUAACCCGUGGCAGGAGGUUGUUUUUGUAACUUCUACUGAGAAUAGAUGUACCCUUACUUUUAGUGAUUUGGCUUUGGAAUUUAAGAUGGUGUAUUCAUAAGCCAGGGUAUUAAAAAAAAUCAUUUUCUUAUUGAGCGUUUAGAGUUGGCAAACUGGUGGAUAUAAUUGUAUGUGUAUUCCAUACAUUUGUAUAUUUUUUAAGGAAUUCUCAGCGUGCUAAAGCUUUGCUUUUUCCUGCAUCUCUGUGUUCAGUAGUGAUUAUCAUAGUGACCAAGGUAAUGACGAGUUAUUCUUUAGAACGUUCGUCACCAGGUCACUUUAAGGCGGCGACACACUGGGCACUUUCCUCCCAACAUGUUUGGCAAACACGGUCCGACCAGCUAAACAAAGAGACGUUUUGUGUCACACUGGGAUGUUUUGUUGGCUCGUCUGCCCAACGCAACAAAAACAACAAAAAAGCCUCGAGACGAGGUUCACCGUUACUACAGUUGAGGCCUUGCAGGAUUAUGUUAUAGUUCUUCAAUUGCUGAAGAUAAUGGGUGCGUCGUGAAGUUUCUUUAAAAGCGGUGGCGGCUGGCGGGUCAAAGAAGACCCUGAGUAAUGAUUUAAUAAUGCUGAAGAAGUUUUAAAGUAACGAAUAUAUAGAAAUAUGUCUCCGCCUAGGUGUUGUAUUUUAAACAUUAUUAUUGUUUCAUGAUUUAUUUCCAUUUUACUUGAAAUUAUAUAAAGUUCAUCUGAGCACUAAUCUGGCCAGCAAAGAUCCCUGCCAACAGUUGUUCAUUUCUCGCAACUGCAGAAAUCCUGUAGCUUGGUGGGCCGUCAGGCCAACGACCAGCAAAACGGGCAACGUAUUUAGAGGAAAGUGCCCAGUGUACCACCGCCUUUACUGUCACUCACAAUAUUGGCACUUUCAUCAUAUUGGCUCUCAUCAUACUGGCACCCACACUCUACUGACGCUCACCAUACUGGCACUCUCACCAUCUCCACGCCUUCUUCACUCCAUCACUACACUCAUCUGCCUCUCUUAAAUGCCGUACAGUAGGAGUUCAUUCCACACACCUUCUCACAUAAUACUUCAUCACCUCCUUACAAGCUACACACCCAGCCGUACAUAGUUCUCUCUUGACUCACUGAACACGCAGGUUCCUAAAUCCCCCCCCCCCAAAAAAAAAGGAAUGGGGAUAAUACCAGUAGGGAAGAGACGAAGAAGAGCAACAAGGAGCAGCUUUUGCAGUAACAUUAUACAAAGACAGAAGUAAGUUUCUCUGCUCACUUGGUUUCACUGCUGUUCUUCUAUUCCACAUAUUCACUUUUAAACGGAGUUGUGGUAUUUAUGACAUGAGCUGUUAUUUAUUACUUUUAUUUUUGAAAGAUCAGGUGACAGAAGUAAACACCGACACGAGUAGCCUCAAGAAUAAUGAAAAAGAAAGUCUGUUUGUCGGUGUGUGUAUUGUUGCGUGAACUACAGUAUUGCAUUGUAAUCGGUAACUUCAAAUGAGAACUGGUGAUGGUGAUGACGUCUCAGCUCGGUGAGGAUGUCUCAGCAUUUGGGGAUGACGUCACAGCAGUUAUUGAUGGAGUCACUGCAGUUGGUGAUGACGUCACAGCCGUUGUUGAUGACAUCACAUCCAUUGGUGACGACGUUUUAGCUGUUGGAGAUGACGUCACAGCAUUUGGUGAUGACAUCACAGCAGUUGGAUUUUUUUUUAAUUGUUGGAAAUUUUCUAGUUUUAUUUUAUUUUAUUUAUUUAUUUAUU